CAGACAAACACGCCUCCUCGAUUCGCGAGCAUCCGCAGACGCCGCUUGGGCUCCACACACUGACUGACACAGUAACCUGUGAGCGCCCGAUGCUGCUGCUCACAUUUUAAACAAUUUACGUGGAAAACCAAAACAGACCCGGACGGAUGGAUCUUUCACGGAAGACAUUUUAAGAGAGUUAACCGAGACGAUUCGCAUCGCGACCGAUCUGAAUGUUUCAGUCGCACGAGCAGAAGCGAACGCGGAUUCCUCGCGCAGAGAAUCAAAGUCACACGAACGCGCCGUAUAGCUGCGAAAACAUGGAUGUUCUGGCCAAUUACAGUAUUUUUCAAGAACUUCAACUCGUUCACGACACCGGGUACUUCUCGGCGAUGCCUUCGCUGGAGGAAAACUGGCAGCAGACGUGCUUGGAGUUGGAGCGCUAUCUUCAGACGGAACCCAAGAGGCUCUCGGAUCUUUUUGACGAGGAACUAGACGACAUCCUGACCCCGUCCUACAUGAAGGAAGACCCAGAGGAAGAUCCAUUAGACCCCGUCCUUCCCAACCUGAGCGAGCCCCCUAGCCCACCACCACCUCAUCUUACCCCACGCAAAGAACCCCUCUCUUCCUCCUCCUCCACUCUUCCCUCCCCAGACAUCACCUUAGGGGUCAACGCUGCCCAGCUGAACGCCGUCACCUCUCUAACACCUCCCUCGUCGCCGGAACUGGGGCGGCACUUAAUCAAACCCAUGCACACGCUCAGUGCCUCGCCCGACGGGACCCUCACGCUCAAGCUAGUGGCCCGAAAGGUGGGCUUGAGCACCGCCAAGCUGGUGGCGGCCCAUCCCGUGCCGCUGUCUCCGCAGCAUAGCAACAGCGGGACACAAAGCGAUGGGGAACAGGGCGGGACCUGCUCUGUGGGAGCUGGCGAGUUGGCAGAGAACAAGAAGAGGGUCCAUCGGUGCCAGUUCAAUGGCUGUCGGAAGGUCUACACCAAAAGCUCACACCUGAAGGCACAUCAGAGGACACACACAGGGGAGAAGCCGUACAAGUGCUCAUGGGAAGGCUGCGAGUGGCGUUUCGCGAGGAGCGACGAGUUGACGCGGCAUUACCGCAAACACACCGGGGCGAAGCCUUUCAAGUGCAAUCACUGCGACAGGUGUUUCUCUCGAUCUGACCACUUGGCGUUGCACAUGAAGAGGCACAUCUGAGGAGGAAGAGGACGAGACAAAAGGCGAGGUGGAGGAUGAGACAGAGAGGAGGUAGAGAAAGAGAGGGAUUGCGGGAAAGAGCUGGAUAAACCUCAGGCUGUUUACCUGGCCCAGCAGAGCGGGCCCCUGUGAGAGACCGAUAGAGGGCCGUUAUCGAUGGACCGUCAUUGGAUGUGCUUAAACAGGUCUUGAGGUUUGGUUGGCAAGAUCCAAGUCACGUCUGGGAUCGGACUUUGCUAACUGUGUGGACAUUUUAUCUGAUCAACUGUGCGGACUAUACUUUAAUAGGUAUUUGCUUAAUAAUCAAAGCAUCUGUUUCUACUUCUAAGGCUUUCCUACAUCUCCAAGAUACGAUUCAUUUUUGUCUAUUUAAAGUGCAUCGUAUGCAUUAUUGUGACAAAUUGACGGAGGUCAGUACAGUUUGGACAUCAAGUUGAGAAGCGAAUCCAUUGGAGAAUGCUUUGGAGAUGUUCCGUAAAUGGAUUUCUGAGGCACAUUUAUUUGUUUUUCCAUUUCGAGCAAGGAUUAUGUUUCCGUCAUGAUCCCGCCAAGAUCUAAAGGGGAACGGGGAAAAUGGAUUUAAAUGGCGACAACGUGGAGUUUUGUUUUUCUGCUCAAAUGUGAAUCUGAUUGGACGCAGCGGAGGAAUCAGUCUCACCUUCUACAUACGUGGACAAACCUCUCUCUUUCGAGUCCCGCCCUGCCAACCAAUAGCUGCGCAGCGACACUUUGAGACUUUUUUAAAGGAAAAAUUAAGGAAGAGAUCUUUUUGAUUGGUGACUGGGUUAUAUAAUUCGUAAGGCUUUUUUGCGUUUCUCCUGUGGAUGUGUACAAAAUAGAAAAAAAAGAAAUGAAAUGGACCAAAAACUGCCAUAUGCACAAGCAAAGAACAGAGGAUUCCACACUGGCACAGACGGCAAUUGUGGGACUUCAUUUCUAAUAAACGCAAACUUUUAGUCGCUAUAAAAGAAAAGCAGUUAUGUUGUUGCACACGUUUUGAGCAUUCCUCAACUUUAUUUAUGACCCUUGAAACUUUCUCUCAUACCCUGGAAUUUUAGCAUGAAAAGCGAAGUGGUUUCGUUACAAACUUGGCAACCGAAUACGGACCAUUUUAAUCAAGAUGGCAGAGGUUUGCGAUUAAAGUUUCAAUUUGUAAACGAAUCAAAAUAUGUCCAUACAAACCAUCUAGACAGAUAUUUUCCAUGAUUUUAGUUUGGAUGAAUGAAAGCGUUUUACUGUAAGAAAGGUGUCCGUUGUGUAUUUAAGAGUGAACAUAGUUUUGCUGGUUCAACAAUUGAGAUUUCACAAUUACGACGCAUCUGCUCUUGUAGACUUUUAGUGGGGUUACCGGUUUUUUAUUUUUUAAAUUACCGUAUGCCUUUUUUUGCAGGUUAAAAAUGGCUGUACAGAAAAAAUUGUAAAGCAAAACGAGGCUUAAAAUACGUACAAUCAAUUGCGGGAUCGAGCACUUUUCAAGAAAAGUGUUAUUGAAUGUAAGGUUGUGUCAUUCUGGACGGCCCUGCAGCUAUGCAAUCAUCCAGGCAGCUGUAAGGCUCAAUCUGCCCGAGACAGAUCCUGCAAACAUGUGAAUUUAAAGGGACAGUUCACCCAAAAUAUCUGUCAUUAUUUACCCUCCCAUCAUUCCAAACCUAGAACACAAAGGAAAAUCCAAAGUGCUGUUUACCCUACGAUGAAAAUAAGAGGGUUCAAAGAUGUCAAAAAAGCACCAUAAAAUAAGUCUAAACCAUUUGUAAGCUAUAUUCCAACUCUUCCACAGCCAAACAAUAGCUUUGUGUUAGAAAAGAAAAAUUUACACCAUGUGUGCUACAAAUAUGGCACUUCACAGCAGGCCUUCACUAGACACAAGACACUUAAGGACCAAUGGCGUCAAAACUCUCAUGUCUUAACUUUUAUGGUGCUUUUUUGGGACGCAAUUUUUAAGUUCCCUAUUACUUUGACAACAUCAAUGUUUCUUCAUAGUGAUUUGGAGUGUAAGGACAGAACUUCAUUUUUAGUUGAACUAUCCCUUUAAGGGAGAUCUGUGGCGGAAGCCAAUUGGUACAUCCGUGAGAAGACAGUAGGUGUUGAAUGAGGCCCAUAUAUGAAAAUGUAUAAAAUAAGCACAACAAACUCAUAUUAAUUUUUUUUAACCAUUGCAUACAACGCAUUGUAUAUUAACAUCAACGUUGAUCAUAUUGACGCUUCUAGGGUUCAAGGGAAAUGCAACAACAGAAUCAAAUUUAACGUUUUUUUUUUAAACAGCGUAAGCUUGACAUAUUUCGAUGAACCGAAGAACGGUUGUUUAAAAAUGAAUAUUCAAAAAAAAAAAUCAGACAUUUGUAAGCAUAUCUAUCAAUAUAAUAACACCAUUAGGUGUUAUAAAAUGGGGGAUAUCCGUGUCUCAAACCGCGCAGUCAUCUCUAACAUUUCACACUCGUCUUACAUGGACCAACGGGAGAAAAAUUUGACAGAAAGGCAGUAUGGGAAAUGAGGAUCGAAUUGGGCUCCCCCAGCAGCGGCCACCCUGGCCGCCCCCUCAAUGGGGUGGAACGGAGUGGCACCACACCGGAGUCGCAUGCCGCGCUUGUGCUGACCACGAGAUCUUAUCACAACUGCCCGACACAGUCAAUUUCACCCGUGUAGUCAGGUGUCAGCUUACCUCCUUCUCCGUCUGCAUUUGCUCCACGAGAAACAGAGACCCGAGGUGGACGAGACCCGGGGCAGCAGAGUCACGCAUAUCCAAAUAACUUGGUUUUCCUGUGGGAUUUUAUUGAAAUAUUUACAUUUUGUAGUCGAAAGCUUUUCAAAUGUUGUUUGUUAAAAGCAAGCGAAACAUGAAACAUGACAAGCAAGACGUCAUUUAAUCACACAUAUUUGGUGUCACCUAAUUACGGAGAUGAUGCGAGAUUUUCACAUGCUUGACGGUUUAAUUUACUUAGUCAAAACAGGAAAAUAAACAGGAACAGAAUCGUGGCAUAAAUCAUCCGUGAACCCAUCCAGGUCAUAUUUCAGUAAAACGUUACUUUUGCUAUAAGAAAACGAAGUCGAUUUUUUUGCAUUGCGACACUUUACUAUUAUAUAAAAAACUACUAAUACAGAAUGUAAUUUUUAUCACAUUGAGAAAAGUAAGAUAAAAAAAAUCUAAAGUAAAUGACCUAAAAGCAUUAAAAUCUGAAAUGUGAUCUGGACGUGUGUCCCCCCCAAAAAAGAUUAAUGUUAUAAACCAGUAUUCAUACUACAAAUCGAGCUCUUCAUAUAUACUGUAUGUAUAUGCUGCUGUGUAUGUAUAUAUGCCAUUUCACUUGGUCAACAACCCUCGACGUUCGCUUGUACUUUACCUGAUGGAUUUCUGACCAUUUGUUCACUCUUAAGUGCAUCUUUCUUUUCUGCUAAAUUCAGUCUUUAAAAUCCUCCGGAAGGACCAAUUUUGGACGUUACCUGGCAAAAAGCGGCUAAUGAGUUUGUCUUAAUGGUCCUGUUAAACCCCGCAGAGAGCUUGUUCUCUGCUCUUUUGGACUUGUUUUAUGUGCACUGUCUUUAGUUUCUCUCGAGUGUGUACGAACCUUCUGCCUUUCGCCCACUUAAACAGCAGCGACAACUUGCUGACCUCUUCGCUCGUGGGAUCUUGCAAUUAUUUGUAAUUACCGACGCACUCUUGCAGGUACAUUUUUACACAGUAAAAUUGCAAACUUACACCUUAACGACAAGCUGAGAUGCUAACGACAAUGCAGGGAACAUUAAAUUAGGAGUUCACCGCGAUUCCAUGUUUCAUAUCUCGUGACGGUACGUUUAGUCAGUUUUACAGGUUUGUGCGUUAUUUUCGGAUUGAAGCAUUAGUUCGUACGUUCACAUUAGCAGCUUCUCACUGUGCGCUCACUAUUAAAGCGUUGUGUUUUCGUCCCGUUCCACUGCUCAAAACGCUGUGCUAAUAGCUUUCAAAUAAAUGGUACGACGACGAUAAACAGAGUGAUUUCCGAUGUUCGUUGCACUUGUAGUGUAGUUUUCCGGUUAAAGCCUUUCUACCGCAUUUCCCGCUGUAAAUUAACUCUGAUCCGUAGGCUUUCUGCAGGCAUUUCACGCUUUCCACUUUGCUCCGAUAUUUAUGCUCUUCUUUUUGGUUUUGUUUUGUUUGCUGUAAAAAGUGUUUGCAUAUAUUAUUUGUAUUAUAUGAUGUUAGUACGACAAUGUUCUUUAUUAAGGAAAAAGGAAAAAGAGUUUAUUUUUGUUACUGGUUUGUUUCAUAAUUCUUUUUUAAAUUGGUAUUGUAAUAUAUCUAUGCAAGAACUGUUAA